UCUUCGUAAUAUACAGGAUAUCCGGUAAUGUUAGUGUAGUAAAUUCAGUGGUGUGGUCGAUGCUUCUCUUUCCGGCAACCGGCGUCCAUUUUCAUUGUUGGCUUAUCUAAGACUGGCGCGGUUCAUAUCUAUGAACGGAUUAUUUAGCAAUAAGUGAAAUAUACAUUAACAAAUGGAAGGCGCGCCAGCUGGCAGAGGUGGAUUUCGUGGUCGUGGUGGUCCAGGUGGCCCCAUGAGAGGACGAGGUGGUUUCGGAGAUAGGGGAAGAGGUGGACCUCCAAGAGGCGGGGGCGGCGGAGGAGGUGGAGGAGGAGGGAUGAUGCGAGGUGGUCGUGGAAGUGGACUCGGGGGUGGAAUGAGAGGUGGACCACCAGGGAUGAGGGGUAGAGGCGGUCCUCCUGGUAGAGGCGGUAGAGGUGGACAUUUUCCUCCAGGAGGUCCACCAGAACCAGGUAUGUCUAGCGGACCCGGUGGUGGUGGACCACCACCAGGAAUGGGGGGUCCACCGCGUAGUGGAAGUAGAGGAGGUGGAAGCAGUGGUUUUCGUGGUAGAGGAAGAGGUGAUUUUGGCAGAGGAGAUAGUCGCGGCGGAAGUAGUAGUUUCCGUGGCCGAGGAGGUAUGGAUAGAGGCAGCAGAGGAGGAUCAAGAGGUGGGUCAGGUAGGGGUGGUCUGGGAGGCAGAGGUUUUGGUGAUCGCGGAAGUAGAGGAGGUGGACGCGGUGGUGGUCCGACAAAACGAGGAGGUGGACCACCAGGUUCGAGUGGACCUUCGAAAAGACCAAGAUUUGAUCAACCAUCUUCGCAACCUGCAAACGGCUAUGCAACUCAACCUCCAAGCCAAGGAUACGGAGGAGGCGCUAGCAGUGCCUAUGGUGGACAACAGCAGCCACAGCAGCAGCAGCCAGUGGGAUACGGAGGAGGUUACGGUUCACAAAAUUAUACUCAAUCAUCCUAUCAAGGCUAUGAGAGUUAUCAACAGCCUCCAGAUUAUGGUCAAACAGCUGGUUAUCCACCGUCAGCGACUGCUGAUAGCAGGUACGGUGGAGCACCUGCUGUUCCAGCUACAGGAGCUUUCAGUACUGGAGAUCCCUACAGUUAUGGCAAAGCACCACCAUCAGCCAAUUACCAGCAGGAGGCAGGGGCUGCGAGGGGUGGGGGUAUAGGUUAUACCCCUGCUAAUCCCUAUGAUGACCAAUCUUCUAAUGCUACUUCUAUGAGCAACAGGGGUUGUUACUCGACGCAACUUUAUGAUUAUUCGACUCAAGAUGGUGUAUAUGGAAAACAGGAUUAUGGUUCAAUUUUAAACGUACUGCCAAGAAAACGAUCAUAUUUCUUAGUUUAAAGAGACAAACGAGUUUGAAAAACUGAAAAUUAUUCAUUUACGACAAAUAAGGAAAAAUACGUUUAUUAUUAACUGUGCAAGAAAGAUAAUAGAGCAGAUUUAUUUGAACCGUGUAUCGUUAAAAAGUGGCAAACAAUAUAAAAAAGCAGAUGUUACUGUAUGGUUAUUAAAUAUUAUAUUUGUAGUUAAGAAAGGAUGUAGAUCAUUGAAAAAAGAAAGAAAGAAAGAAAGAAAGAAAGAAAAAAAAGAGAAGUUCAUAUCGGAUGUGUAAUGUAUAAUAAUACAAAGUAAAUUGAAGGAUUAGUAUUUGUAACAUUUAAAGAAAUUUUAAAAUUUAAGUAUAUCAUGUGGUGGUAAUAAGAGGAAAAAUGUUGCGCCUUAAAAGAAGAGAAAUAAUACGUGUAUAUUCUUUUACUUUUACAUGACAAUUAAUGUUUCUAUGAACUAGAAUUAAAAUACAGAAUCAAAGAAAAAUCGUAUUUACGAAGUGAUUGAAUGGAGAAGCUAUGGUUGUUUGCAGGUGGCAGUGCUGGUUACCAAAACACCCAGUCUCAACGACGUUAUUAAAUGACAUAAUCAGCUAUUUAAUUUUAUAUUCUAGAUGUACAAUUUUUCAAAUUUAUAGAAUCAUUCCUAGCGCGUGAAAAAGUUGGACAAAAUGUUUUUUGUCUCAAACACUGAGUGUUAUAUACAUAAUUAGUUAUCUCAUUGAUCAAUUUUUGGAGAGAAAGAAAGAAAGAAAGGAAGAAAGAAAGAAAGAAAGAUAGAUAGAUAGAAAGAUAGAAAGAAAGAAAGAAAGAAAGAAAAUCGAAGGAAAUGAUAUAAUGCAUUUUAAUGAAAGUUUCAUAAUUUCCUAUCUUUGUCGCGCGCAUGGAAAAAGCUUUUCAUUAAUUUGCGCGACAAGCGCGAACGAUUGUUUAAUUACGAUGAAAAGUAUAAAUGAUACGAGCGUUUUAUACUUGACUAGCCGUAUAGUGUCUAAGUUGUCGUGUUUAGCUAACAACUUUGUUUAACUUUAAGCUUAGUUGGUGUACAGUCAUUUUUGAGCUAAUCUGCGAAUUGUGAAAUAAUAUUAAAUCAUGUUGUCUUAAUUGUAAUAGUAAGGACAAUGAUAUUUACAUUAAUUGAAAAGUCAUAAGAUAGUUAAUAGCUGUGAACACACAGCCUAAUAUUACACACACACACACACACACACACAUUCACGCAAAAGAAGAAAAAAAGAGAGAAAAAAAAACAAUUAUAGAUGUAGAGAAAAGUUGGUGUUUCACAUUCUGUAUAAAAAAAGAAAAAAAAAAAACAUAAAACAAAGGUAAUUGUAUUUUAUGGUGUAUUCUUUUUAUGGAUCGAGGGAUCGAGGGAUCUUGGAUUGUAUCUGAAUAUACUGCCCUUUUUGUGCGUUAGUAGUGUGAUUUCAAUUUUUUGACAAUAUUUCUAUGAAAUAAGAAUUUUAUAAUGCAUCACAUUGGUCUUACAGUGACUCUGCUCAGCAGUGACAAAGAUUAGUCGUUUAUCAAAUUUAAAGGUAAUACGCGUAUUGAAAGUGUCACAUUAGCAGAGACAAUCAAAACAGAAUGUCAGCGACACAAUGAGAAACAAUGUAAUUACUCAGGAAUUAUGAUGAUGCACGUGUAGUAGGAACAGAAAUUCGAUCCAGUUGUGCACGUUAGAGUGCAGAAUUUUUAUGUAGGGCAGGUAAUGUGAUCUUAUGUUCUGAUGGUAAACAAUGAAAUUAUCUAAAUCACAUUAAAGUCAUUUUCAUGUGUCAUCAACAUAGUGAUAGCGAAUCAAUUUAAUAUUGUAAGUGAUAGAGUAACGAGUGAAAUGAAAAGAAAUCAUGAAACAAAGAAAAAUCAAAAAAACAGUAAUAUUUUUUUACAUUUAUUACUUCCUUACCUUUAACAGUGAAAUAUGAACUGAGUAUUAAAAAAAUGUCGAAAUAAAAAGGAAAACCAGCAACUGCCGUAGAAAUCCAAAUACGUAGGGGGAAGAAAAAAAAUGAUGUUAACGUAAUUAACAUAGGUAUGAGAGUUUUUGUUAAAAAUAGUAAUUGAUCUCUUAAGAAAGAAAUUUUUCUCUAAUUUUCUCAACGAACGAAAAGUAUUUUUAUUUAUUGUACAUAUACGUACGCAUAGUUUGUUGAAGAAAUAUUUUAUGUCCAGAAUGAAAUAGAAUAUUAUUAGCGUUGUGCAAUAUUUUUAUCGAGCAUUGGUGGAGAAAUUGAAAUAUAUAAAAAAUUUGACAAAAACUAAGUUUAUUUCACAGGCGUAACAACAACCUGAGAUACUUAGGGAACACAAUGAAUGAAAGAGAGAAUACCUUCCCUUCGUUACCAGCAAGGAUAACAUACAAUAUUAUAUGAAUAAAUGACGACUGUACGAUAAAGUUAUUAUUGUCCGAUGGCACAGGUAUCAUAACACCUAAAUCAAAAUUUAGAAAAUAUUCUUGCUUCUGUUAAAAUAUCAUAGUGUUUUCAUUAACUAUAACAUCCUUUUUUCAUUUUUCUGAACAAUUGAUCAAUACGAAAUAAUCAGAUUUCAUCUUUUUUUUACGAUGCAAAUGAUAUGGAUUAGACAAUUUAUUGUUUUCCAAGUUAUUUACAAAGAAAAAAGAAAAAAGAAAUAAAUGAUGUAGUAAAAAAGAAAGACACGAACAGUAUUAAAGAGUCAUGGAAAAGCAAGCAACAAGAAUAACGAAUUCUAACGAAAAUCUAUGCUAACAUGUAUUACGCUCAUAUAUAUAGUAAAAGACAAAUGCUCGAGUAAACCUCAACCAAAAUUCAGGUGAGUAAAUACAAAUCUAUCCGUUUUUUAUACCAAAAGAACUACCAAUUAAUUGAAAACACAAAUGUUAGCAAGGAUAAUAUUAAAUAGAUCUGCAUCUAUCGAGUGUAAAGUGGAACGAUAGGGUGGUGGUUGUCGAUACACCUAACAAGAUGCAUCAUUUUCUUACAGUAGUAUAUACAUAAUAGGGAUUUAAGUAGUAGUAUUAUUUUUAUAUUUAAAUAUCCUUGAAAA